AUGCGAGGGUUCGACGCCGAAGACGUAGAAGUGAUCCGCAAAGCGGUUGAAUCAGGUGGUGUCGACGCUAAGGCGUGUGCUCCGGGUCCCCCAAUGGAUGAACGUCCUGACGACGAUCAACCAGAAGAGGAUUCUGGAUUAAUUCCACAAAUCGAUCGACCAAUGAGUAUGCCAUAUUUAUGCUGUAAACUAUGGCGAUGGAAAGACUUGCAGUUCAUAACCCAGAAGCAGCAGAUAGCCGUAGCAGCUGAAUCAGAUGCCACAAAUUCCUUUUCCUCAGAUACUAGGGUGUCAAGUGACAUGGGUAUCAAAGCUUGUAUUUUUUGUAAAAAAGGGGUAAGAAUGGAUGAAUUCGGAUAG